AUGACAACGGCAAGUAAUGGUAGUGCAACAAAUACGACUGUGGUAGCGCUCUCUCACCAAGCGCAGUACUGUGGACCGUAUAAAAUUGAGAAAACACUUGGAAAAGGUCAAACGGGUCUUGUGAAGACGGGAACACAUUGUAUCACUGGUCGAAAAGUUGCUGUAAAAAUUGUUAAUAAAGAGAAACUUAGUGAGUCAGUUCUUCAGAAGGUGGAACGCGAGAUUGCAAUAAUGAAAUUAAUUGAACAUCCGAAUGUGCUUCAUCUUUAUGACGUUUAUGAAAACAAGAAAUAUCUGUAUUUGCUACUAGAACAUGUUAGUGGUGGUGAAUUAUUUGAUUACUUGGUCCGGAAAGGUCGCUUGAUGGCCAAAGAAGCACGAAAAUUUUUUUCGACAAAUUAUUUCGGCUCUGGAUUUUUGUCACGCUCAUAA